UCUUUACCUGUAGUGAUGAUUUCCAACGUCAGUCAGCUGCCUAACGCUUGGGCCUCCACUAUUUGGUACAACUUGUCCACAAAUGAAGCCCAGAAUUUGGCUUUCUUUAAUAAUCCAUCAUCUGUCCCUUUGAGUCAACUUCUGGAAGUCCUGAGCUGGCAGUUUUCAUCCUACGUUGGCCGUGGUCUCAAUGCCGACCAACUCAGCAUGCUGGCAGAGAAACUUACAGGACAGCAAGUUAUCUACAGCGAUUAUCAACUGUCGUGGUCCAAGUUCUGUAAGGAACAUUUGCCUGGGAAAUCGUUUACAUUUUGGGUGUGGCUGGAAGCAAUCUUGGAAUUAAUUAAAAGACAUAUUCUGCCUCUUUGGAUUGAUGGAUACAUCAUGGGGUUUGUGAGCAAAGAGAAAGAGCGGAUUUUGCUGAAGGACAAGACACCCGGAACGUUUUUACUGAGGUUUAGUGAAAGCCAUUUAGGAGGGAUUACUUUUACCUGGGUCUACAAGUCGGAAAGCGGUAAGUGCUAA